AUGGCACGAUUUUCGUUGACUCGCAGAAAGCCUCCACCACCAAGGCUGAAUCUUGAUUCAAGGCACCAAUAUCAGGGACGACAAGCACCACCACCGCCGCCUCCUCAAGGACCGCCGCCUCCUUCUCCAACGCCGCCGCCACCCCCAGAGGGACCUCCCCCAGUCUCACCACCCCCUCCUCCUCCGCCAGAAGGGCCUCCUCCGCCAUCGCCACCGCCGCCUCCUCCCCCAGAGGGGCCACCGCCACCACCGCCUCCAUCACCACCUCCUCCACCACCUCCUCCAUCCCCUCGACCACCACCGCCUCCACCCCCACCCCCAGGAGGGCCUCCUCCACCCCCCGGACCGCCGCCGCCACCGCCGCCGCCGGCAUCAAGAGGUCCAACGAACACCGUCUUUAUUACCUUAGCACCCCCGACAGUGACCGUAGUUGCCACACAAGUCCCGGCAGCUGACCAGAACACGGCAUUACGCAGCGGUGAUGGACUGAAACAAUACCAGCCACCGGCGAUGAACAUAAAUAUGACCCAGGGCGUUCCCACUUUCACCGAGGUCGGUAUCGCGAUUCUCGGCUUUGUAUCAGGAAUAGUAACCAUAUUGGUGUUCCUACUGGCUGGAUACUUCGUUUGGCGUCGGCGGCGACGUCGCCGUAGACAGCGCGAGACAGAGCCCGAACCCGAAGUAUUGGACUUACGAGCCUAUCAAGGGCCGACACAUAAUGACGGAAAGUUGGGUUGA